UUUAGCACUGACCUCCCUAUAAGAACGAACGUCGUCGUCCUUCCGACUAGCGACAUUUUCAUCGGCUAGUACACAUAAUUUGAUCCAAAGAGUCCUAAAAAAAGCCGUGAAAAUGUUGGGUCGUUUCGCUCCGGGUGUCUGCACCCAGGUGACCACGGUGGUCAAUCAGCAGCAGAACCGUAACAUGGCCACAUUAAAAGCUAUUUCUAUUCGUUUGAAGUCGGUUAAGAAUAUCCAGAAGAUUACGCAGUCCAUGAAGAUGGUGUCAGCUGCCAAGUAUACUCGCGCUGAACGUGAAUUAAAAGCUGCCCGUCCCUAUGGAGAAGGUGCUGUACAGUUUUACGAGAAAGCUGAGGUUGCUGCUCCAGAAGACGACCCUAAACAGCUUUACAUCGCCAUGACUUCUGAUAGAGGUCUCUGCGGCGCGGUUCACACCGGUGUGUCAAAGGUGAUCAGGAACCGCCUGAACGAACCGGGAGCGGAGAACAUCAAGGUUAUCUGCGUGGGAGAUAAGUCGCGUAGCAUCCUGCAACGUCUGUAUGGGAAGCACAUCAUUAGUGUCGCUAAUGAGAUUGGUCGUCUCCCCCCUACCUUCCAGGACGCCGCUAAGCUAGCCACUGCUAUUAUGACAUCUGGCUACGACUUUGGAUCUGGAAAGAUCAUAUACAACAAGUUCAAGUCUGUUGUAUCUUACGCUCAAUCUGACUUGCCAUUGUUCAGCCAGAAGGCUAUUGAGAGUGCACCAAAACUGGCAAUAUACGACUCCCUUGAUUCAGAUGUCCUACAAUCUUACAUGGAAUUCUCGCUUGCUUCUAUGCUUUUCUACGCUUUGAAGGAAGGAGCUUGCUCGGAACAAUCAUCCCGUAUGACGGCUAUGGACAAUGCUUCUAAGAAUGCUGGAGAAAUGAUCGACAAACUUACACUAACUUUCAAUAGAACCCGUCAAGCCGUCAUCACUAGAGAACUUAUCGAAAUUAUCUCUGGUGCUGCCGCUUUGGACUAAAAUCAAAAAUUUGGUCGGUUGACAGAUUCAUAAGAAUGUAUAUCAUUUUCGAUUGAUUUAUGUGUAAUGUUACUUUCAAAAAUGUAAAAUGUUCUUUGGUUGCGAGUCAGAUUAAGAUGUCAACCGUUUUAUAUAUAUUUAUUCAGUUUUCAAUAGCGAAAUGUACAUGCCAACAUUCCUGAACGAGUAUUGACUAUUUGUAAAAUUCACACGCAAACACAUUACUGGCUUUUCCACCUUUACAAUAUGUCAAACACUCUUUCAAUUCCUUGGCUGAAAGUGUAUGAAAUUCUUAUAAGGAUCAAGUGGUGGUUAACAUUAAAGUAUUGUUUAGAUA